AUGGUGGAUCCUACCCGGUCAAUGGAGUCCCGGACAGGGCGAAAAAACCAACGUUACGGAUCGAAAGGCGAAAGACUCGUGGCCGGUGUGGUCCCGCUGUCAACGGAUAAGACGAAAGUCCUCAUGAUCCAGUCCGCCGGACGAGGCGGCUGGGUGCUUCCCAAAGGAGGGUGGGAAACCGACGAAGAGAGUGCCCAGCUGGCUGCCUGCAGAGAGGCCUGGGAAGAGGCCGGAGUCAUCUGCACGGUGCAGCAAGAUCUGGGCCUGAUCCCGGACAUGCGCCCGUCGACGUUGCUGACGUCGCAUGCUCCGAAGGCUUCCUACCAGUUCUUCGAGGUCACCGUGGAUCGCGAAGAGGAUCAGUGGCCGGAGAUGCACAAACGAAAACGUCAAUGGGUCGCAUACGCUCAAGCGGCGGCGGCUCUUGCCAGUCGUCCCGAGCUGUUGGAGGCAUUGAAUCGCAGUUCCGUGAAAAAAUAG